AUGCGUUGUUAUCAAACAAAAGCGAGCCCCGGAGGGUGUGUUAAACCAGAGCUCAAACCCAACGCGCAGCAGGGAGUAUCGGUGACACAGGGCUCGGUAUUGGAAGGGGUCCGCAUUCAAGAGGAGAUCCCGGAUCCAGAACCUGACCCAGUCGGAGAGGAGGGAUCGGAACCGGGACCUUUCCGCGUUGCAGAGGGAUGGCAUUCCGUCGCUGGGACGGGAUCUGAACCACGAUCGGAACAGGGAUCUGACCGCUCGCAGGAGAAGAGAGAUGAGCCUGCCGGGGAAAUCUCCACUCUGGAAGACCUGCCCGUUAGGAAGGACCCCAGUGGAGAGGAGGCGACCAGCAACGAUGUGGAUUACAGGGCAGGAGAACAAGGGGGGUACAGGGCAGGAGAACAAGGGGAGGAGGAGGAGGUAGGGGAAGGGUUGGAGGGGGAGGAAGAGGGAGGGACAGGAACAGGGGAGAAGGGAGGGUUAGGGGCAGGAGAAGGGAUUGGGGUAAUGGUAGGGGAGGACGGUGGAGGGUUAGAAGGGGAAAAAGAGUACGUGCAAGACAUCUCCGAGCUGGGCUGCAUCAUUGUCAAAGAGGAGGCUGUGUCAGAGGAGGAAGAAGAGGGACGAGGAGAGGGGAAAAAGGAGAAGAAACGUGUGCCGUACACGGGCGUCAAGCCUCACCGCUGCCCGGACUGCGGUAAGGACUUCCACAAGCCGCACCACCUGAAGUCCCACCGGCGCGUGCACACUGGCGAGCGCCCGUACCCCUGCCCGGUCUGCGGGAGAGCCUUCCGCCAGUCAGGGGACCUGCGAUCCCACCAGCGCACCCACACCGGGGAGAGGCCCUACCGCUGCCCCCAGUGCGGCAAGGGCUUCGUGCAGUGCGGGUACCUGCGACGCCACGCCCGCCUGCAUACGGGCGAGAAGCCCUACCUGUGCCCCCAGUGCGGGAAGGGCUUCAGAGACUCGGGCGACCUGAGCAAGCACAGGGCCACGCACUCCGGGGAGAGGCCUCACGGCUGCCCCCAGUGCGCGGCGCGCUUCGGCAGGGUGAGCAGCCUGAGGACUCACCUGAGGAUACACAGCGGGGAGAGGCCUUACCUGUGCCAGCGCUGCCCCCGCAGCUUCAACCAGCUGGCUCACCUGCACCGCCACCAGAGACAGCACACCUGAG